AUGUCACUCAGAAAUACCCUCCCUCUCAUCCUCAUCGCUCUCACUAAAUUCACCAACGCCGCAACACCGCCCGCCUGUCUACUCGACGCAAUCAACACCCAACCCAACCCCGCGGACCUCCGCCACAUCUGCAUCUACCGCGCGGCCGAAGUUCGAAACGAGAUCGCCAACAUCUGCGGCGGCUCCGACACCGACACCGACACCGAUGACGAGGAUGAGCACGACGAGGCCCAGCGCGCGGUGGCCGCCUUCGAGGAGGUCUGCGGUCCCUUGACCGCCAGCACUAGCACACUAACUACCUCGACUAGCUCUGCCGCCUCGUCGACGACUACGGACGAGGUCUCGACUACUGCGGCGCCGACGUCCAAUACGAGCGAGACCACCACGGCGCCAUCGACUACGGAGACCGCGACGCCGACAACAACGGCGGACACGACGGCCGUGCCUACGGCGGCGGCGGCUAGGACCGCAUUGGGAUCGUUCGGCGCGAUUGCUGUUGUGGCGGCGGGGAUGGUUGUGCUGGUUUAG